UCCUUCCUACCGUAAACCAACCCCCCCGCUCUCUCUCUCUCUCUCCAACUCAUUUUUUGUUUACUACCCAAAAAAAGACUCCAUCUUCACACUUGAGUCAAAUGAUCUGCGCUCAACCGUCUCUUCCCGGCUCAUGCUUGUGAGGUGCGGAUAAGCAUCAAGGGUGCAGAAAAACCUGAGUAUCAAAUGGCUGAGGAGAGAGACAUAAAGGCGGCACAUGUUUUGAUGGAACUUGCCAACUGUGUUCUGUGUUUGCCAGAAAUUAAGUUAUUGACUACAGCAUUGACUAAUGGUACUAGGAAAGAUGCUAAUAGUCUGAGCAAUAACUGCAAGAGCCGCAAGAUAAAGGCGGUAAUUGGUGGAAAGUUGAACUUUCCAUUAUCGAAUGCCUACGCAGAGAGAAAACAGAAGAAAAGAAAAGCCGAGAAUGUUUUUGCACUGCCGAAGUCAAAAAUACAUUGGACUCGACCCAUUAUUGAGGAGGAGGAAUACUUGGAUGGGUGGAAUGAAUACAAGUAUCUACACUCGAGAUCCAAAAAGUUCACCGAUGAGCCUACUUCUUUGAUGAAGAACUCAGGUUUACAAAAUGUGGGUGCGGAAAUUUCAGAUGAUGCGUCUAUAAAACCAGAAAAAAGUCCUAUGAUCACUCCCACCCUUCACACGGGAUUCUCAUUCUCCAUUAUACACCUUCUUUCUGCCGUUCGUAUUGCGCUUUUGACCCCACCUGCAGAAGGUCUUACUUCAGCAAACGGUAUUCAGGAGGAUAAAAACCCUCAAGGUAUUAAUGCGUCUCCUUCUUGUCAAUCCAAGGGUGUCGAAAAUUUGAAACAGGCAGAAGAGAAGAAUUUACCUAAGCUGAAUAUUGAUCAAAUUGUCUCUCGUGUGAGAUUAAGGCCUGGAGACCCUUGUAUUCUUGAGACCAAAGAGCCUCUUAUCGAUUUAGUUAGAGGAGUUCUAAAGAUACUUUCAUGUAAAACAGCACCUCUCAGAGCGAAGGGUUGGAAGCCUCUCACAGCAUAUGCCAAAUCUAACAAAAGGUGGUCCUGGAUUGGUCCUGUCUCUCUUAACUUCUCUAUCAACGAUUGUGCCAGCGUAGAUACAGCUUCUGAAGCGUGGUGUAUUCCUCACAAAAUAAUUGUAAAAAUGGUGGAUUGCUUCGCUAACUGGCUGAAAAACGAUCAAGAGGCGCUCAAACGAGUUGGGUGUCUUCCUUCACCACCUUUGGUAUUAUUGAUGCAACCUGCCAACGCAGAAGAUAGAUUCCAGGCCUUGAAGCCUCAUAAAAGUCUCAUCACGAUUAGCCCAAGCUCCGGUCAAGUGAAGACUUAUUUUCACGAAGAGGAAAUCGUGAGGCACUUAUUUCCAAAGAGGGCUUUCUCAUACACAGCACUGGAUGGCAGGAAAUCUAUGGUUGCUCCUUUGAGAAUGUGCAGCGGUAAGCCUUCAGGUAAGGCUAGAGACCAUUUUAUGCUUAAAAGAAGCCGACCACCUCAUGUGACCGUUUUGGGUCUGGUGAGAGAUGCGGCGGCUAGAUUACCUGGAAAAAUGGGUACCAGAGCAGAUGUUUGUACUCUGUUGAGGGAUUCACAGUAUGUUGUGGAUGAUAUUUCCAAUAUUCAAGUUAACCAAGUCGUGAGUGGAGCUUUGGACCGGUUACACUGCGAGGUGGAUCCGUGUGUAAAGUUUGAUAGAGAUAGGCACUUGUGGGUUUACUUGCAUGGAGAUAGAGAAGAGGAGGAUUUUGUGAGUGAUGGUUGUUGUUCUUCUAGGAGGAAUUGUAAAUCACAAGGGGAAACAGGUGACGGCGAAGGCUCUGGAUAAUACUUUAUUUUGUUUUAGUUUAGUUUUUUGACAAGAAAGGCAUUGAAGGUGAACGAAAGUGGUGGCUUGAUCCACUACAAUGGUGACCUUAGCUAAUCAGAAGUUACUAAAAAACAAGACUGUAUAUGGAACUAACCAGCAUUUUGAUUAUAGUACA